AACACACGCUGAUCGAUCAGCUCGCCGGUGAGGAGAGGAGAGAAGAAAGCGAAGGAGCUAGAGAGCAUGGAGGGCGCGGCGGCGGCGGCGGCGGUCAUUAGGCACCGGACGGUGGAGGCGAACGGCAUCUCGAUCCACGUCGCGGAGGCCGGCGGCGAGGGCGGCGAUGGCGCGGCGGUGCUGUUCCUGCACGGAUUCCCGGAGCUCUGGUACUCGUGGCGGCACCAGAUGGAGCACCUCGCCGGCCGGGGAUUCCGCUGCCUCGCCCCCGACCUCCGCGGGUACGGCGACACCGACGCGCCGCCCGAGAUCGAGUCCUACUCCGCCUUCCACGUCGUCGGCGACCUCGUCGCGCUCCUCGACGCCCUCGGCCUCGCCAAGGUGUUCGUGGUGGGGCACGACUGGGGCGCGAUAAUCGCGUGGUACAUGUGCCUGUUCCGGCCGGAUCGCGUGACGGCGCUCGUCAACACCAGCGUCGCCUUCAUGCGCCACGUCUUCAUCCGCUCCGGCGCCGACGCCAUCAAGACCACCGAUCACUUCCACAAGGCCUACGGCCCCACCUACUACAUCUGCCGCUUCCAGGAGCCUGGCGUUGCGGAGGAGGAGUUCGCGCCGGCGCACGCGAGGCACAUCAUAAGGCGGACACUGUGCAACCGCUUCACCGUCCACAAGGCCGGCAAGCCGGAGAGCGAGGAGUCGCCGCCGCCGCCGCCGCUGCCGCUGCCGGCCUGGCUAACGGAGGAGGACAUCGACUACUUCGCCGCCGCGUUCGAGAGGACGGGCUUCACCGGCGGCAUCAACUACUACCGCAACAUGGACAGGAACUGGGAGAUGGCGGCGCCAUGGGCGGACGCCAAGGUGCAGGUGCCGACCAAGUUCAUCGUCGGGGACGGCGACCUGACGUACCACUACGCCGGCAUCCAGGACUACCUGCACAAGGGCGGGCUCAAGGCCGAGGUGCCGCUGCUCGAGGACGUCGUCGUCAUCCCCGGCGCCGGCCACUUCAUCCAGCAGGAGAGGGCUGAGGAGGUCAGCGACCUUAUCUACAACUUCAUCACCAAGUUCAUACCCCAACCCAACUGAAGCGCUCAACUCAACUCAACUGUCAGAUGCAAUUCAUCGCCGUAAAAAAAAAACAAAAAAAAAAACUCUUCAAACAAGCGUGUGUGCCAAUCAGUGUCAACGUAUAUGUGACCAAAUGUUGUUGUAAUUUGGACCGUAUUCCUAUGAAAUUUCAAUGUUUGGGAAGAAAAUUUCAUAAGACUUCAGUCUUUUACUCA